GUCGGUGGCAAACCUUUAGGAAGGAUCACUAUCGGCUUAUUCGGUAACACUACGCCAAAAACUGUGGAAAACUUUAAGCAACUUGCAACUAAUGAGCGCGGUUUUGGUUACAAAGGAAGUAUAUUUCAUCGAGUGAUUAAAAACUUUAUGAUUCAAGGAGGUGACUUUACAAAGGGAGAUGGUACGGGUGGAAAAAGUAUAUAUGGUGAACGAUUUCCAGAUGAAAAUUUCAAAAUAAAACAUUCCGUUCCAGGACGUGUCUCUAUGGCUAACGCAGGAAGGGAUACUAAUGGCUCUCAAUUCUUCAUAACAACUGUAGUUACACCCUGGUUAGAUGGAAGACACGUUGUUUUUGGUCAAGUACUUGAAGGUAUGGAAGUGAUAAAGCAAAUCGAACAGUUGGCUACCGAUAGUAGAGAUAAGCCUAUUGAAGACGUUGUUAUUGUCGAUAGUGGAGUAUUAGCUGUCGAGGAACCUUUUCAUGUAGAGUUGUAACAACUUUGCAAUAAAUUUCUGCUUCCUUCUCGUCACAGUCAUAGUCGUUGGUUUUCCUUAUCAGAAUUGGUCCAGUUAUUCUCUGAGAAGUUGCGCUCUUCGUCCUCAACACUACAACUGCUGGAGUCGCUACUGGAAGACUCAUCUGGACUCCGACGCUUA